AGACGCCAAGUGAAGCUACCGAAAAGCGGUUUACACCAGAUCAAAGGGCGCCUUGAGACAACGCCAAACACGAGAAAUAUCUUUUGUGGAAAAUUUCACAACAAAAGCUAGAUGAACCGAAGAGAAUAGGACUGAUGAAGCGCUAAUUUCCAAGGAAUUGCGUUUCUUUUGCUAAUGGCUUUGGCUUAAAAGUUCCAUUCACUGAUGUGCGAAUUACAUGCCACAAUUCACUAAUGAGAGAGCCUCGCUCGUUGAUUGGUCGCUGUGUGAAUCUGUCAAUAUCGCUAAUCUAAUGACAAGGGUGACAUGCAAUCGACUAAACACUGACAAAACACCUCGCUGAAGCCAGAAUGAAAUCACUCUUAAAAUAGCGGGCGCAAUGCAUGUAACACGCCGCAUCGUGUAUGUAGCUUUGAUAUUUUCUAGCGCGUUCUACGUCGCUCUCAGCAGAGAAAGGAAAUGUGAAAAGAUCAAGAUACCUUUGUGUCAAAGUGUUGGCUAUAACUUCACAUACAUGCCAAACAUGUUCAACCACGACACACAGGAAGAAGCGGCGCUUGAAGUUCAUCAAUUCUGGCCGCUAGUCGAGAUCAAGUGUUCGGCAGACCUGAAGCUCUUUCUGUGCUCCAUUUAUGCUCCUAUAUGUCAGCCGAACUUUAGGAAAGAAAUUCCCCCAUGUCGAUCGCUUUGCCAGCAAGCAAGGGAAGGUUGUGCGCCUCUUAUGCGCCAGUACGGCUUUUCGUGGCCCAAACGAAUGAGAUGCGAAAACUUUCCUAAAUUUGGAAAUAAGAUAUGUGUAGGAAAAAACGAAAGUACAACAACUCCGACGUCAACAACAGCUAGAACAACAAGUGCACCGAUAUCGGCGAAAGGAGGUGAUUCGGGCAAUCAGGCGGUCAACUGUUGCUCUUGCAGACCGCCGUUUGUGUCAUUAACUGACGAAAAACUUAAACCGAAUUUGCGGGACAUUUCUACAGGGGGUGUCCCACACUGUGUAAUGUCUUGCAAUAAAACGUACUUCUCGCAGGAUCAAGAAAACUUCGCAUCGUUCUGGAUUGGACUGUGGGCUGUCCUGUGUUUUAUCUCUACCCUCGUAACCUCGCUGACGUUUCUUAUCGACAUGCAACGGUUCAGAUAUCCCGAGCGACCGAUCAUUUUUCUGUCCGUCUGCUAUUGCUUUGUGGCUAUAGGUUACAUCAUUCGCUUCAUCGCCGGAUACAAGAACGUGGCAUGCGAUUCUCAAGGCUUGAUGAGAUACGAAACAUCAGGACCGGCCGCAUGUACCAUCGUUUUUCUACUGAUUUAUUUCUUUGGAAUGGCAUCGUCACUGUGGUGGGUCAUAUUGUCCUUCACCUGGUUUCUCUCUGCUGGGAUGAAGUGGUCAACAGAGGCCAUCACCAACUAUUCACAGUACUUUCAUGUGGCCGCAUGGCUUGUUCCAGCGAUACAAACCAUCGCUGUCCUAGCGAUGUCUACAGUAGAUGGAGACCCAGUCAGUGGGAUUUGUUUUGUCGGAAAUCAUAACCUUCAGAGUUUGAUCGUUUUUGUUGUUGUACCCCUUCUCGUGUACCUGGUGUUUGGGACGUCCUUUUUAAUAGCGGGUUUCUACUCAUUGGUUCGUAUUCGGAAAGUUUUACGUAUGCAGACUGAUAAACUGAUCAAAACUGAUAAACUUGAAAAGCUAAUGAUUCGCAUCGGAGUCUUCUCUGUCUUAUACACUGUGCCCGCCACUAUUGUUGUGGCUUGUUAUUUUUACGAAUUUGUAAACAGGGAAACCUGGGAGAGAUCCGUGGUGUGUGCGGAUUGCAACAAUGUAAAUCAGGUUCGACCGGACCAUUCGGUGUUUAUUAUCAAGUAUUUCAUGGCGUUGGUUGUCGGCAUCACGUCGGGAUUUUGGAUCUGGUCUGGUAAGACAAUAGAAUCUUGGAAAAGAUUUUGCAAUCGACUACUUGGCAACACACAAGCACGAAGAGAAAAGGGGGAAAGAACUGUAACGGCCACUGUUUGAAUAAGCUGACUAAAUGUUUGUUUUAAUCAGAAAUAUUUAAUACCUGCCGGCCCACUCGCUUGAACAAACCAUCGCUAAUAAAGGUCUUUUGAAUGCACUGUUAUCAGCUUAUUCGGCCAUGAAGUGCAUAGUAUGCCAAACAUUUACCACAGAGCAGGCUAAAACUGCCAAACGAAACAACUUGGGAACGCUAAUCCUUCCGGACCAUUCAAACUGUAUAAAAGUACACGUAUGGACCGAAGGAAAAUGAAGCACGCUUGAAUAUUACGUUAAACAUUCAUGAUUGAAGACAAGUAAAAUUUGCAUAGGCUAAUGGAUUAAGUUCUUUUUUAAGUCAUCCCUGGACGCUUUCAAACGUGAUUUUAAAGCAAAGAACUCAAUAGAAGCAUUUUAAUUCAUAAUUCCUUGGGAAGUAAUAAAUCCAAACAUCUGCGGUGAUUACAGCACCAAGCUUUUAACCAUCAGACAGCUGACUGAAGAGUUCGCAAGCAAAAAAGAGGUUUUGUAGAUACGCACUGGACGUUAGCAAUCUUUUCAAUAGUCUAAUUAUGGUGCUAAUUAAAGGUCCCAAGAGGGGCGUCCACCUAAGGCUAUUAACGCCAGAUCAUUCAGCAAUACGCUGUUUAAAAUAAGUUGAGCUGGAGACGACGUUGUUUACAGGUUAUAUUUUAGAUAAGAUAAUAUAUUUCUACCGGCAGUUUAUCCUAAACAAGUCGCUUCACGAACCAGUCUCGCUAGUUGAAAGUCUCAAUGCAAGACAAUAACGUCCUAGGUCACAUUAAAUAUCUAAGAUUUUUUAA